AUCUUUUCCCUAUCAUCUCUAAAGACUCAAAUUCUUAUCAUGGCUAUCAAGAUUAUCCCGAGCCCGGAUCUCGAUGAGGUCCGCCAGGUCAUAUCGGAUUACAUCCAAGGAUUGUCUGACAAGCUGUGGACUUUGAACAAGCAGAUCCACGAUGAACCCGAGAUUGCCUUUGAAGAGUUCAAAGCCCAACAGCACAUCUCAGCCUUUCUCGAAUCCCAGGGCCAUCAGGUUCAACGAGGAGCGUACAACCUUCCCACCGCGUUCGAGUCGAUGCGCGGAACUGGUGGCAGAUGCGUCAACUUCAACGCCGAAUAUGAUGCCCUCCCAGGGCUUGGCCACGCUUGCGGGCACAACUUGAUCGCAACAGCUGGCGUCGCUGCCUAUCUAGCCUUGUCGUUUGUCCUAGAUAGGUACGGCAUUGAGGGUAGGACGCAGCUACUGGGCACGCCUGCUGAAGAAGAUGGCGGAGGAAAGGUCUUGCUCCUCGAUGCAGGGGCAUACAAAGACGCCGACGUCUCUCUGAUGAUUCACCCCAUGAUUGAAGCCGACUAUAAACACCAAGGCACAUUUGGUUCAGCCGGUCCCUCUUCCAUCGCCGUCACCGACCUUGUUGCCGAGUACAAAGGCUCCAGUGCCCAUGCUGCCGCAAACCCAUGGGAUGGCAUCAACGCCCUUGACGCUCUCGUAGCGUCAUACAACAAUGUCUCGAUGCUGCGACAGCAAAUAAAGCCCGAUGAGCGCAUCCACGGGUGUGUCAUGGAGGCGCCUCGGUUCACCAACGCUAUUCCAGACUACACCCAGGUUAAAUACACAGUCCGCAGCGCCAAUAUGGAGUCUCUUAAACAGUUGACUAGCCGUGUUCGAAGGUGUAUCGAAGCUGGGGCAACGGCGACAGGCUGCGAGGUAGCGGUGAAAGAACACUUUGCGUAUGCGGAUCUUUGGGUUAAUCAACCUCUCUGUUCUCUUUUCAAGCAACAGAUGGAUAUUCUCGGCGUUCCUAUCUCCAUGCCUAGCGAGGGUGAGACCAUCGGGGGCUCGACGGAUAUGGGCAAUGUCAGUCAGGCGGUGCCUGGGUUGCACGGUAUAAUUGGUAUUCCUACGCCUCCUGGAACGUCCAUGCAUAAUCGAACUUUUGCGGAAGCCGCUGGCACUGUAGAGGCUCAUGAGAGAAUUCUUGAGGCUGCCAAGGCUAUGGCUGUUACGGGGUGGUCUGUCCUAGUGGACGACGGUCUGUUUACUAGGAUUGAAAAGGACUUUCAACAGCGUAGAUCAAAGCCAUUCAGAUCUUAGAUGGCCAUGGGGCAUAUAGAAGCAGUAUUGGUAGAUAAUUGUUAUCCUACACGAUG